AUGUUUGAUGGCAUUAUUGGUAAAUAUUUCCUUAGAAGCCCCUUUCGGCGAUGGAAUCUAUACCUUCUUGACUUGACUGAUCUAGGGCAUGACGAUGGAUGGGGCGAGGAGGUAGGCGAACGAACGGUUGGCAGGUGCUCCGUAUACCAUAGAGGCGAGGAGUCCUGCGAAUGGGACGCCUCGCAGACUUGCGGUAACUUUCGAACGGGGGAAGGAUCCAGCACCUCGGCAAGUUGUGGCCGUCCAACUGGCCUUAUCCACAGGAAUAGUACGAGUAUAACAUUGAAGAAACCCACGAAGGAAUUCUCGCCGAAGAGCAAAACGAUGUCACUCUCUACCAUGAGCAAUACCUCAAGGACUUCUGAAAGAUUUACACUAUUCCGGAGGCAAACCCCAGCUGUAUUGUCCGAAUUUGACCAGUGCUCGAUGUGUCGCAGUCUACCGCAAUCCUGCGAGGCGUCCCAGUCGCCCAGGAUCCUUCGACCCAGCGCCAUUGUGGGAGGAUCCGUCGCUAACAGAACAAGGUGCUGAUAAAUUCCUCAUUUUCUAGGGAAAUUCCUUUAUUAAUAGAAAAUUCUAUUAAUAAAUUAAUUUCCCUGGAAAACGAUGAGUUUAUCAGGACAUAAAGAUACCAAGAUCAUGUUUAUCUAGAUUAGUUUAAUAUAUAUUUACAUAUAAAACGUUGUUGUUAAUCAAAUAAUAUACCCUUC